AUGUUACUGUUGCUCGGCUUAAUUUCCGAGAUAUUUAUAAGAUAAUUAUAAGAAUUUUAACUACAAUUGUGCGUCCGUGACACCGUGUGCGUUAUUAUUGGCUGUUGACUGUUAUUGCUACCUUAUUUGUAAUUUCAUAGGAAAAUUUAGCUUUAAUUUAAAUCACAACAAUACCGAAUCGAUAACGUCGCAUGCGACACGAAAAUGGUAGUGGGGAGUCGGAUGAUCCUCAAAAUGUAGGACAUGAAAUAAUAUUGAAUACCUCCUGUCACACCUAUUCUGUAAAUUUCUGUAGAUUGUUGGUGGUGUUAAGCACGUGAUAAGCACAAGGAACUCCAGUUAUUAGCUGGCAGAUAUUGACUUCAGGAACAAAUUCACAUAUACCUAUUAUAAAGAUAGAGAAGUGGAUGAACAAAGGCAAUAUAGGAAUGAAAAGCAUGACUAAGAAAUGCAUGAUAUGUAAAACAGAAGCGACUCCAAUUUCCAAAGCUAAACGUAGCUUUCACAUGUUUCCUAAAAAUGAAUUAAUAAGAAAGAAAUGGAUGGACGCAAUAAAUUUAUUGACAACUCCAAACUUUAAAACUUCAUAUAUAUGCAGCGACCAUUUUGAUGACAAGUCGUUCCACGAUUCUGAUGAAUUAAGAAGUAGAAAACGACUACGUCCAGAUGCGGUUCCUCAAAGGAUAAGUUUUAAAAAAUCCGAUGAUACAUCAAAAGAAAAAGAUUUAGGGUCAGAAAAGCUGUUUGAAAGACCCGUUGAUAAAGACUGUUCUAAAUCUGAGAUGGUGAUUGAUGUUUCUAAUACAUGUAUUAAAGCCACAAAUGAACAAGAUUGUUUAACUGAAGAAGAAAGUAAUAAUUUAACUGGAGAAAAAAGUAAUAGUUUAACUGGAGAAAAAAGUAAUAGUUUAACUGGAGAAAAAAGUAAUAGUUUAACUGGAGAAAAAAGUAAUAGUUUAACUGGAGAAAAAAGUAAUAGUAGUAUGAAUAAUGUUCCAAACAGUGGUAAUGAAAGGAAAAAUUCAUUCAACAAAAAAAUACCACCUAAAAGAAUUCGUUUUAUGACUGGCUUUAAAACAGAACAUAUAACUCGAGAAGACUUUGUUUCUGAUGAAGCUUGGAAUCGCUUCCUCAGGUUAGUAACGUAUGAAAGAAGUAGAAUGGCAGCUGCUCAUAACAGGAAUUCACGCAAAGAAAAGAAAAUAAAAAAUUUUAAACUUCUAAUAAGAGACUUGGAAAACCGUGACGAAGUUGAUGCUGCUCAAUAUGUGAAGGUCGUUUUAAAAUAACUAUUUUAUAUUUCUAUUUUAUUAUUUUAUUUCGUUAUUACAUAGUUCUUCCGUUUUGGAUUUAGACGGACUUCAGAUUUUACGAUAUUGCAUAUUUUAAGUCUUCAAUUCUCUCUUGUAUUCUUAUAUGAUUUUAUAUUAUUAUAUAUUUAUUAACUUUGACUAUAAUUGUCUUUGUGAAUAAAACAUGAUCUACCACCA